AUGUUGCGUAGUCUGGAAACCUGACGUGGAGAGCAGCGGAGCGGUGAGUGACACACAGAGUUGCGGCGGGGCAAGAUCACAAAGUGCCCGUGGCAGCGCGCGCGGACCGACACAGUCGCACGAGACUGGCGACACGCUCAGACACCGGUCGACUGGCCGCGUGUGACCCGAGGAUCCCAAUUUGACGGACAGACUCUGGCUCCGCUGGCAGGAAAAGGUGGAACCAAACUACAUUUUGACUUGAGAGCGAUGCACUGGAAGCAUGGCCAAGUGGUUCAAGGAGCACCUAGGAUUCAAAACUACCAAAGCACCCCCUCCGGCUCCUCCAAAACCGGACUACAGACACUGUCACACCGGUGUGCCCGGAGCGCCUGGCUACCAACAAACAAGCUCCGGGGCCACCUUCCCCAGCCCCGCUCAGCCGGACAUCCUCGCUGCUUACAAACUACAAAAGGAGCUGGACUUCGAGGACCCGUACACUCCAGGUGGAAAUAUUACAUACGGCUCGAGCUUGAACACUGUGGGGUCACCGGACAUCAAGUAUGUGUCCCCCAAACACCGACUUAUCAAGGUGGAAACUAUCGAAAAGAGCAGCCCAGCUCCGGGUAGCGGUGUCACAGUCACACAAGCUGUUGCUGUGGGGAGUGUUAAAUCUCCCACUUCACCUCACUCUGAACAAGACAACAAGGAAAAGCUCAUUAUUCUUGAAGACUAUGCGGACCCUUUCGAUGCCGAGCAGGCUGGUGGCACUCAGACCACUACGGAAAAAGUGACAACCGAGAAUGACGGCUACAUGGAGCCAUACGAGGCCCAGAAGAUGAUGGCAGAAAUACGUUCUGGGGGACGAGGAUCAAAGGACGGAUCGUUGAGGCAGUUGCCGCUGUACGACACGCCGUACGAGCCAGCCGAGAACGGUGGGGACUCCGACCCUGAGCGCUCGCGCUGUCCCAGAGAAAGCCGACUGCCACAGGAUGAUGAACGACCCCCUGAGGAGUACGACCAGCCCUGGGAGUGGAAGAAAGAGAGGAUUUCCAAAGCCUUUGCAGCUCUGCUUUGUUAUGACUGCAUUAGCUACGAGGGCUCUGUAAAUGGCACUGGAUCAGAUCCCCCCGGAAGAAAGGACUGCACCUCUAAAUCCCUCACAGUAGAGAUUAAAGUGAUCAAGGACCUACCGUGGCCCCCUCCUGUUGGGCAGCUCAACACCAGCCCUCCCCCUGCGGAGGAGCUGGAGUCUCCCUCGCAGACAGCUCAGCCCUCUCCUGGACAGACAAGCUGUGACCAGCACCACCAGGUUCAGUUUGAUGGAGUGGAGAAAUCUCGCAUGUCGCCUACAAAGGACGGUAAAACCCGCCCGCUGCAGCGACACUCCAGUGGCUGUCUGGUCAACACCAAAUUGUCUUCACUGGACCACUGCAGCUCUUCUCUCGGGGAGCGUAUUGACCCCUCCAUGCCCCUAGAGAGCCAGUUCUGGUACCAUGGAGCGAUAAGUCGAACAGAUGCUGAAUCUCUGCUCAGGCUGUGUAAGGAGGCCAGCUACCUGGUGAGAAACAGCGAGACCAGCAAGAACGACUACUCCCUCUCCCUUAAGAGCAGCCAGGGCUUUAUGCACAUGAAGCUGUCACGGACGAAGGAAAACAAGUACAUCCUUGGCCAGAACAGCUGCCCUUUCGACAGUGUGCCUGAGAUUAUUAAUUUCUACUCCACCCGCAAGCUGCCCAUCAAGGGAGCUGAACACAUGUCCCUACUCUACCCUGUAGCCAUCAGGACACUAUAGUGCUCUGGGUCACCUGCAAGCGGUCAGCCCCUGCAGCUCUCACUGGGCCACCCUGUGGCUCCACACUUCCUGUCCCUCUGGACACAGCCAUGUAGGCUCAUGGGAAAAUGAACAGUUGUGUCCCAAUACUGCUGAUCCUGACUCACCUCACUGGCCGACAGAUUCCAGACCUGUGCUGAAGGCCUACUUCAAACACACAGACUCAAUGGAGAAGUCUUUAUUAUUUUAUUUUAUUUAAUUUAUGACAGACACCCACUUUCUUACAUACACAGACUGAUUAUCUGAUGAGCAUCAUUUCAUUGAUUCUGGAGCUGACUUCCCUUAGCACUUAACACUCAAAGAAAAAGAAAGGUACAGCAUUGUUACAUUUGUUACAUGGGUGAGCUGUUUAUUAUGAGAUUGUUGUACCUUUUUCAGAAGAGAGAGCGUCAUAAAUAUUGCGUUUGAACAAGUUUGUUUUACUCAUUUGGUUAGGCUCGGUUGAUACUGUAAUUGUUAGCGAGGGGACUUGAAGAUGGUAAGAGUCAUAUAAGGGAAACGACAUUUAUGAGGCAUGUUGAGGGAUAUCGUCCACAUGGGCCCCAUCCAGUGGGCAGGAUAUUGAAUAAAGAGGCCCUGUAUGAAUGGUGUGUCCCCAGCUGUGUGGAAUAACAGGCCUGUGAGCCGCACAGUCUGAUAUCUCUAUCUUGUCAUAGUGCAUGUUGUCUGCUAUCCAUCACUGAGUGGGUGUAUCACACCAAUGACAGUGUAAGUAGCAUCUUGGUGAGACAGGCAGGAGAGCAUGAUGGAUGGGUCAGCCCAUCUGACACAGUACAAUUGGCUAAGGCCGGAGACCAGAGCCUGUCCAAAUGGACCAAAUUAGCCCCGCUUAGAACGGCUUUGCAUCGGGAGAAUGAAAUAUGCCUGCAUUGUCUACCUCAGAAAAUCCAUUUCAUUCACCCAUCUGCAGAUCAAUAGGUACAAUGGGAUUGCAGACAUCGAUCUGUCUUCCCUUCUACAUUCCCAAUUCCCUCACAAUUGCGUCAUAGGUUUUAGGAAUAUGUUUUCUGAAUACAAUUAAUACAAGAUUUUGAUUAUGAAAACAAGCAGAUUUUUCAGAUCAGCAGUUGUAUGUAAAGUCAUUAAUAUGAAACAGUGUGAUGUCAGUAACAAAUGUUUGGUUAAUGCCUUAUAAUGCAUGGGUCGAAUCAGUCCGCUAGAUCAGCUGAUUUCCAAUUCUGCUUUUAAAGAUUGUUCUGUGACUGUAAUUUAUUCUGGGGUAACUAUAAUUGAUGUGUUACUCCUUGCCCUCAUUGUUCCGUGCAGAUGUGAUCGUGUUUUUUGGGACUUUUCCAACCUGUUAAACUAUGGUGCUUUGCAUUUUUGUUCAUCAAGUACUGCUUUGUGCACGUUUGCCUAGGUGGCCUGGGGCGCGGGUCACAGCGUCUCCUGCCCAAAGGGUUUGUCAAACCUUGGGUGAGAGAUGAUCGCAUUUUCCCACUGGACCAAUCACACCGCAGCCUGAAUAAUAACAGAUAGCUACCAUACCUUAGCAUUCAAAUCCCUAUCAUCUCUCCUUUACUAACAGAUGUGCGAACAUGUGAGAAUGUUGUAAGAAUGAACAGUGUUUUCAUGUGUAUGUAAAUGCGAAUGUGUGCACAGAGUCCUGAGUUCUGUUCUGUUGUUUUUGAACCUUGCUGGUACAAACUGGUGACAGCCUUGGCUUGAACCUCUUUGGGUUUCAGCAUUUUUCUCCCUCCUGUAAAACAAAUAUGAAUUCAGCCCUAUCACUCUCAAAUUAUGGAUUCCUCUUAUAUUCAGUCUGUACUUUAAAUGAGACAGUAACUUAAAAAAACAUCAUGCUGUAUUGAAGAAACAUGAGACUAAGAUCAUAAAUUGAUUUGGAAGUUUUUUAUGAGUUUGGAAAAUCUAGUAAGAGGAAUGGCCAUUCGAGAAGUGCAGUCUCCCCCUGCUGGCCAUUAAAGAGAAUGCAGGUUUGAGAAACUUCCUCAUUGACUUCACUAUUGAAACUUCUGUAGUUUUCCCCUUUUGAAAAAUGUAUCACACUCAGUGAUGUCAGAUACUGAUACUGUCCACACCAUGAAGUGAGUCUAAUGAGAGUAUCUAAUUCUCAUAUGAUCAAAAUGUCUCUACAAAGGAAAAAGUAUGCUGAAUUCUGUGGUAUACUCAGAAAAUCCCAGAAAGAUUUUAAUUUUAUGGAGGGCUUGGUCCAAACUAAAAGUAACUGACACUACGGACCUUCAAGAGCAUGACAUCUGUUUAAACAAAGAGAGGUUCCUUUUUUGCUUUCACAUUACUCCGCUAUGUGCUAUGCAACUUUAACCUACAGUCAUUGAAGGGAAAAUGAUUGGAGAGUGUGCCUCCACCAAAUGUUUAUGACAAACAUGAUGGUGCAAAAAUGUCCGCUAGAUUUAAUCAGCAGAACAGCCUGUGAAGACGAAGCAGAAAAAAAUGGGAUGUAAGCAGACUUUUGUUUUGCUGGUGCAGUAAGUGAGCAGACAGAUGCUGCUGUCAUUAGAUGAGUAUGUGAGGUGAGGGUGUCUGUCCAUGUAAUAGACAACCUCUGCAGCUUUAUUAAGGAAAAGUAUUUAGUUGAAGUGGACCUAUGUGUUUCCUCAAGAGAGAGGUUAUCCUAAGAAAAAAUACAAAUUAAAUAAAUAAACUAUGUGUGAUGUAUGAGAAUUCUUCCCUGUGAUCAAAUGUUGACAGUAGAGGCUCCUUACUUAGUUACUGCUGCUGAUGAGUAUUACUCUACUAAAGGGAAGAGCCUGCUUAUGAUGGCCGCACUGCCUAGAGAGAGCGAGGCCUUAGCUUUGGAGAAAGGGAAGAUGAGAAUGAAGGGGAGGCAGAGGAGGGGAUGGUGUUCUGACGGGGGGGGGGAGGGGGGGAGAUUCACUGCAAUCAGCAGACACACUCUUCUUGUUCUUGUGUUUCUAUUCUGAGAACCUGAAUGAGCCCUUCUCCUCCCUCAGAAGUGUCUUAAAGGGUGUGUAUGUGUGCGCACACACAAUUGUGCAUGCUUGAAACAAUGUGUGGCUGGGUAUGUGUGUGUUGGUGUGAGCAACCAUCAGCCAUUGACUUGUGAGUAUCUUGUGUAUGAGUUUCCUUUGUGUACAUUUUCAUGCCACGUAUGUAUGCACUACUAUAACAUAUCUCUGUACAGUCCCUCAUGGCCAAAUGUAUAUACUGAAUGUAUUGUAUGGGGACAGAGCAUCAAGGUUCAAAAGAAAUAAAAUUGGGUUUAUGAGUUAA